GUUCACAGACACAUUUUAUAUUUCACACUCACACCGGACAUAUAAAAUUUGAAUCAUUAAAAAAUUUUAAUACGUGUAAUAUGGAACUCUCUGCAGAGGAAAUUGAGGAAUUUAGGCGCUGUUUUAAAUUAUUAAGCAGUGAACAGGAUGGCUGCAUAGGUAUUAAGGAUUUAGAGAUUUUUUCGACGUCACUUGGCAGGCACCCGACAGAAAAGGAUAUGCAAGCGAUGAUCAACGAGGUUGAUGUUGAAGGCAAUGGAUCAGUUGAUUUUGACCAAUUUGUGUAUUCGAUGACUAUGCGAAUGAGCGCUCCGGAUGACGAUGAUUUGCGCGAAGCAUUUCGCGUAUUUGACAAGGAAAACACCGGCUAUAUAGGAGUCAAUGAGUUGCGAAUGGUUAUGAUGAAUCUCCAUGUGCAAUUGGCCGAAGACGAGGCUGAGGAAAUGAUAAAUAGCUAUGACACCGAUGGCGACGGUAAGCUGAGCUUCGAGGAGUUCACCGCGAUGAUGACCACCAAAUAGACUGAUACUCUUCAUUGACAACAUUCGCGUAUAUCCCAUUCGGUAUUUAAUCAAAUAGACGGUACAUAUAAGGAAUAUGAUACUAUGUUAAAAAUCUUCAGUUUAACAUAAACUUUCGCCUUU